AUGACACUUGAACAGUUGGAAGCAAAUCAAGUUUCAAUGAGGACAGAUAUUGACUCCAUGCAGAAGGAGAAGGAUGCUGAGACUAACGCUGAAGCCAGGAAAGUUGCUGCCGAGUUUGGAUCGCCAUCACUUAGCAUCCCUGGAGUGAUUGACCUUGAUGGCAACCCUAAUCAGCCUAGAGGAGGACCGAUCCCUAUUCCUGUUCCCAUAGUCAACAUGAACCCCCACGAGCACUCUGCUACAUCUGCUCGCCAUGGAUCCAUGAUGGGUGACGAAGAUCCAUACGACGCUUUCUUCAUGCCACCACCCGCCAAACCUGCUGUUGGAGGUCUCCCAGACCCAGCUGUUGAUAGACUCCAUGCUUUGGAGGAAAAGUUUAAGUCCUUGGAGGUUCACACUACUCCCGGUUUGGACGCCGUUGAUAUGUGCCUGGUACCAGGACUCGUGAUUCCACAAAAAUUCAAGGUCCCGGACUUUGAUAAAUACAAGGGAAUCAGCUGCCCAAGAACACACCUCAGAGCUUACUGCCGCAAGAUGGCUGCCCACAUCGGUGAAGUGAAAGGUGAAUUUAUUGAAAAGGGGGCGCUGCAAAUUCAACAGGCUCUGGAGAAAGUUUUUGAAGAGUUGCUUUUGGAAUUGGGGGUUGUGAAAUUUUAA